AGAUAGCGUGGCGCCAAGUUACGAGCCGGGCAUGGCGGCAUCCCCGGGACCCAGCGCCGGAAGCAUGGCACCACACUGGUGACAGGCAGGGCACGGGCACCGGCACCCCGGGACGAAACCACCGAAGCAGCGCGGCCGUUCUGCGCUUCCAGAAGUGUCUCCGCCUCUCCCGCCCGCCCCCCGCGCCCCGCGCUUCUUCCACUUCCUCCUCGAAAGCCCAGCCGCACGGCGCCACCACCUUAACCUCGCCACCGCACGCCCCCUCCGCGCUCGUCGCCUCCGCAUUCCCACUCCGCCCGCCCGGCCGGACCACGUACGGGAGCCAGCAGAAUGCUCUGCCUCUCGCCGUGCGCGCCGCACCGCCACCUCCACCAUCUCCACCGCCGGCACCCGCCCGAGCGGCCCGGCGCCGCCGCCGCCUCAUGCAGGAACGCGCGGGGCCCCGGCGUGGCGCUAUGCCUCCGGACGCCGGCGACGCCCGAGGAGCGGCGGCAGCGGCGCCGGGUCGCCAGGCUCCACGACGCCUCCGCCGCCUCGGCCUCGCCCGCCGCGCCCGCCGCGCCGGCCCUGAAGCCGCCGGAGACCGCGCCGGCGGCCCCGGCGCCCGCGGUGCGCCCGACGCCCGCGGCGGAGCGGCGCGGGCGGCUGCGGGAGAUGCGCCGGCUGUGGUGGGUGUGCGGGGUUGGCUACUGGGUGCAGGGGUUCCGCUGCUUCCCGUGGCUGGCGCUCAACUUCCACCUCGCCCGCGGGCUCAGCCUCAGCCCCGUCGCGCUGCAGCUCGUGCAGAACGCAGGGAACCUACCGCUCGUCGCCAAGCCGCUCUUCGGGGUCCUCUCCGACGCCGUCUACAUCGGACGCGCGCACCGCCUCCCAUACAUCUCCAUUGGAGCAUUACUGCAGCUUAUUGCUUGGGGAACACUUGCAAUCAUUCCAGUCACAGGCGACACAUUUCCGACUCAGAUGGCCUGUAUUCUCGUUGGGAAUCUUGGAGCAUCUGUCACAGAAGUUGUAAGUGAUGCUGUUGUCACGGAGUUCAGUAGAACUCAGAAGGCUGGUGUAUUACAGUCAUACGCAUUCAUAGCCCUGGCUGCAGGAUCUCUACUAGGGAACUUGUCUGGUGGUUAUGUUCUGCUGAAAACACAGGAACCAAAGAUCAUGUUCACGGCAUUCUCAGUCCUUCUUGGUUUCCAACUAGCACUGUCCCUUGGUACAAAAGAGACAUUGCCAAGUACUCCACGAAACACCAGAAGUCGUCUUGUCACAAGCUCGUUGGCAGCAAAUCUUCGCAAGCAAUUCUCAAACUUGAUGAUGGCAAUCAGCGAGGAGAGGAUCUUCUACCCUCUUGCAUGGAUCAUGACAUCAUUUGCUGUUGUGCCUAUUCUUUCUGGAACGAUGUUCUGCUUUCAGACACAGUAUCUGAAGCUUGAUCCAUCAAUUAUCGGUCUAUCAAAAGUCGUGGGACAAGUCAUGGUUCUAUCUCUAACUGUCCUCUACAACCGAUAUCUUAAGAGAAUCCCUUUGAGGCACCUUAUCGCUGGAGUUCAGAUGCUAUAUGCCGUGGCAGUUCUGUCGGAUUUGGUCCUCGUGAAACAAAUAAACCUUAUGCUAGGGAUACCAAAUGAGAUCCACGUGCUUUGUUUCUCAGCUCUUGCUGAAGCAAUUGCUCAGUUCAAGGUCCUGCCAUUCUCUGUUUUGCUGUCAAGUCUGUGCCCACCUGGCUGCGAAGGUUCUCUGUUCGCCUUCUUCACAUCUGGACUGGUGUUUUCAGCAAUACUAAGUGGAGUAUUCGGCGUUGGAUUGUCCACUCUAAUUGGGGUGUCUUCUGUGGACUAUUCAACCUUGCCAUUGGGUAUUUUGCUGCAGAGUUUGGCUGCACUGCUUCCAUUGGGAUGGAUAUCCUUUUUACCUGAAAAAUGGACAGCUGAUGAGAAGGUCGUGAUGCAGAGAUGAUAAAAGUGGUGUUUUCACCAUAGAAAGCACAAGGUAAAGUCCUGUUAGGUAAUGACACAAAGUAGAGGAAUGUCGUUCACCCAGUCAACACUGAGUGAGGUUACAUGUAUAGGUAGGUAUAGAGUUUUUCUGAUUACUGUACAUCUGUAAUACGGAAUAGUUCCUAUGUUUCCUGCCGAA